CGACACCAGUAAUGUUUGUUUUUACAAUCUAAUCCUUGUUCGCAAUACUUAUCCUGAACGAAUGCUCGACACAGAGGAGCAUCAUCUUUUACAUGAACAUGUGUGUAUCGACAUUCCGGAUUAUAACAAUAUCCAUAUUGGAAAUGACGGCAAUGAGGCACCACAUAAGGAGACAAUAUGUGCUGACG